GUGCGGGAGCCGACGUCGAACGCGGCCGAUAUACUCCCCCGGGGGCUAUUUAACAGCGCGGCCGAGGAACAGGGGAUAAAGAUCGACGAUAUCUGCAUCGGUAUCACGCACACGAACACAAACCCAGAAAGAGGCGGUCACACAGGCGGCAGGUUACUUUGAUCCACCUGUGUUACUGCUGCAAGAUCCAAUCUUCGCGGAUUAAAACCGAGAAGGAGCGAAACAAGGGGAGCCAGGAACGUAGCACGAAAGAGAUCGAUAAAAGCGCUGGGGUAACGCUCGAAAAUCGUUCCAACUGGGAAGCAUCGUAGCUUUCCAUCGUCCCUAAUUGACAGGUAGAAAGAGGGUUGGGCCACCUCGGAGACCAGGAAAGAAAGGAACGACGUGCACGACACACGUUAAGAACAGGGUGGAGACAAGCACAGAAGCUAGAAGAGCAAGAAGGUCUCGAAAAUUUACGAGUGAAUAGCUUCGCAGGCGCGUCUACGAGACAAAAGAUAUCUUGAAGCAGUCGUACGCUGUAACAAAUGGCGGUGCCGUAAAAUCAGUUAACCGUACAACCGAAGCCAGAAACUGAGGCCGAAUUUCACAAACGUUCCAGCCGUGCCGGCUGAAGAAUUUCCAACACGGUUUCACUUGGACUUUCUGGACUUUGGAGAACCUGUCACGUUCAUCUAAGGUAUUCUUCUUAGUAGCGCAGAGUCGUAUUUCACGAUAAUCGUCCGACGAAAGUCGCGAUAUGCUCUCAAACGGACAAUAUCAAGAAAAUUCGUCGAUACGCAGAUGAGAAGAAUGUCGAGGAUCCGAGGCACCGAUCGCUGAGAAACCAAGAAGAGUGGAUCCAUCGAAGGAACUUUAGCCAAAUGGGUUAAAAACGACUGCGAUGGACGGCGCGACCCCGUGCUGCUCGCAAAAUGGUGAUCGUGCUGCCGUCGUGGAAACGCAACAAGUGGCGAUCUGUUCCUUAUCCUUGAGCUAUCAUCGAUGUUUUUUAAAGGACGGAUCGGAUUCGAUCCAGGACCCAUCGCUCACGAACUGAGGUUCUAGCUUCGAGCUGACGCAGCUCUCAAAAAGAACAAAAAAAGAAAGAAAGAAAAUAAAAUAAAAAAGGAAGAAUAACGAAAGGCCAGAACUUUAUUCGUAUUUUCGAUCGUUAAUAAAUAUUGCGUUACGCGGGAAACGCGGAAUAAAUUCUUUCUGAAACGAAGAAAAGACAAAGGAAACUUUCGAUUUAUCGAUCGGUGAUUCCUCUUUCCAAAAGAUCCUCGAUUUUAGCUGGAUAAUUCUCGAAAAUUCGAGAUCGUGUUUGAAGACCGGAUUGAUUCCACGUUGAUCUUCGACGAAGCGUAUUCGAUCGAGGUUUCGAGUGACUCUCGCAGACAGAUUCGAUCCUCUCGAGGCAAGAUAUUCAAGAGAUAUCGGCGAGAAAGAGCGUGAACGACUAUGAGCAGAGCCGAUGCCCAGCGAAAAAAGAGGAUAUUCUUGUUUCCGGAAGUUAGGGACUGUCGGCGCGGCUGCGACCACGAUUCCGCGUGUUCACGGUCCGUUUUACGUUUCCACGGGCUGAGUAAAACGAUCUAGGACUAAUCUGAGAGACAAACCGUUACCUCGUCGGAUGAGACGAUGGUGAUGAAGAUUUCCGCGGUCGAGGCUGGCGUUCCUUUACUAAGCGCCGUCGGUCCGCGCUGCGUCGUCAAGCAGGCCACGGUGAAACGAUGCGUCGCGGCGCUGUUGCUCAUCUCCGUCGCCAGUAUAUUUUACUACACGCAUUACAUCAUCAGCAGCCCGCUGUCCAGUCUGAUUCGUCGAGAUACUAGACCAGAGCCGGCAAUCAGGUGUUCGACGUUGAGAGGCGCAACGAGAUUGCCCUCGGCGCCGGAUCAUCGUAGCGAGGCUCGUUUGAGGACGGAUCCAAAAGUUUUGGUCUUCGUAGAAACGCUAUAUUCCAUGCUAGGCAAGAACAUAGCUGAACUACUCGUCUCCAAUCGAAUCAAAUACAAACUGGAAGUGGCUGGCAAGUCCCUACCCGUGUUGACAAACCUGGAUAAAGGUCGAUACGGGGUUCUGAUCUUCGAGAACCUGAACAAGUACCUGCAGAUGGAUAAGUGGAAUCGCGAAUUGCUAGACAAAUAUUGCAGAGAGUACUCAGUUGGCAUCGUGGGUUUCGCGCCGUCCGGCGAGGAAAGUCUCGUCGGCGCACAGCUGAAGGGAUUUCCUCUGUUUGUGCACACUAAUCUCAGACUGAAGGAUGCACAGCUGAACGCGGCGUCCCCUAUCCUCCGAUUAACCAGAUCCGGAGAAACAGCCUGGGGACCACUUCCUGGCGGUGACUGGACCAUUUUUCAGGCCAAUCACAGCACCUACGAACCGCUGGCUUGGGCGCAUCGGGACAGCCUCGACUACCCGGCCAAUAAAAGUCCUCUAGCGACUGUCAUUCAGGAUCACGGCAGAUACGACGGGAUUCAGAGAGUCUUUUUCGGCGGAGGAUUACGAUUCUGGCUGCACAAUUUGCUGCUACUCGACUCACUAUCCUAUCUGUCUCAUGGACAGUUGAGCCUCAGCUUGAAUCGGAUGAUACUAGUUGACGUCGACGACAUAUUCGUUGGUGAGAAAAGACUGAGAAAGGACGACGUGAUGGCGUUGCUGGCUACUCAACAGAGGAUCCAGGCGCUGGUUCCGGGGUUUAAAUUCAACUUGGGGUUUUCUGGGAAGUACUUCCAUCACGGUUCCGCGGAAGAGAAUCUGGGGGACGAUAUGCUUCUGGAGAACGUAGACAGAUUUACGUGGUUUUCCCACAUGUGGAAUCAUCAACAGCCUCAUCUCUACGAGAAUGUAACGCAUCUACAAUUGGACAUGGCACUGAACAAACAAUUCGCGAAAGAUCACGGAAUCCCAACAGGAAGCGGCUACAGCGUAAGUCCUCAUCAUUCCGGCGUUUAUCCGGUUCACGAAGGACUAUACGAGGCGUGGAAAAGGAUAUGGAGCAUCAAAGUCACUAGCACAGAGGAGUAUCCCCAUUUGAGGCCUGCUCGAUUAAGAAGAGGCUUCAUUCAUCGUAAUAUAAUGGUCCUACCGAGGCAAACCUGUGGCCUUUUCACACACACGAUCUUCAUCGAUAGAUAUCCGGGCGGAAGGGACAAACUGGAUAAAUCGAUACAGGGUGGAGAAUUGUUCCAAACCAUCGUUCACAAUCCUAUCAAUAUUUUUAUGACGCACAUGUCGAAUUAUGGGAACGAUCGUCUGGCGCUAUACACUUUCGAAUCGGUGAUUAAAUUUAUUCAAUGUUGGACGAACUUAAGAUUAUCCAGCGCUCCACCUCUUCAACUCGCAGAAAGAUAUUUUCAAUUGUAUCCCGAAGAAUCUGAUCCUGUGUGGGGCAAUCCCUGCGACGACAUAAGGCAUCAAAAGAUCUGGUCGAGAAAUAAAACCUGCGAUCAGCUACCGAGGUUCCUGGUAAUUGGUCCCCAAAAAACUGGCACUACCGCUCUCUACACCUUCCUGUCCAUUCAUCCGGCGAUAAGCAGCAAUUUGCCGAGUCCUGACACGUUCGAGGAGAUUCAGUUCUUCAAUGGAAAGAAUUAUUACAAGGGUCUCGAUUGGUAUAUGAGCUUCUUUCCAGCAUCGAAAAACGAGAGUUCACGGUAUCUGUUCGAAAAAUCCGCGACCUAUUUCGACGGUGAAUUGGUACCGCGCAGAGCUCAUGCGCUUCUACCGAGAGCAAAGUUAAUCACUAUACUGCUUUCGCCAGCCAGGCGUGCCUAUUCGUGGUACCAACACACGAGGGUCCACGGCGAUCCUGUAGCGAAUAAUUAUUCCUUUCACUCGGUUAUCACCGCGAGCGAUACCGCACCGAAGCCUCUACGCGACCUCAGGAAUAGAUGUUUAAAUCCCGGGAAAUACGCCCAGCAUCUGGAAAGAUGGCUUUCCUACUAUCCGCCUCAGCAAUUGCACAUCAUAGAUGGGGAGCAGCUCCGUCAAAAUCCUGUAGAGACGUUACACGAGCUACAAAGAUUCCUCAAGAUCACGCCCGCUUUUAAUUACUCAUCUCACUUGAGGUACGACCCAAAGAAGGGAUUCUUUUGUCAAGUUACCAACGAGGAUCGGACGAAAUGCCUCGGCAAGAGCAAAGGCCGCCAGUAUCCUCCGAUGGAGGAUAAAUCGUACAAAUUAUUACAGAGGUAUUAUCUAUCCCAUAAUACGGCCCUAGUGAAAUUAUUAAAACGGCUCGGGCUGAGAACGAUCCCACAAUGGCUGAAGGAAGAUCUCAGCGACACGGUGAUGACCUAGCAAACGUCGAUUAUAUGAAACGACACCGUUUCUGAACUGUUUAUCUCAACGGUGAACGAAAUUCACCGGUUACUAGCUGAAGAUCUGUAAAAUAAUUGUACAUUCGAUUGUAUUCCACUGGACACCAAAUCCUCGACGGAAGGACCAUUCAAGUGGCCUAUCCCAGUGGUUUGGCCUAAGAUCGGUGGGGAGCCUGCGAAACUAGUCACUAAACGGUUUCACGGUGAACAUGACCGUGACUGUCGAUCGUUGUUAAGCCAAUAGCACUAUUAUUAACGUUAUAUUAUUAUUGUCAUCGUUGUUGCGUCGUAGAAAACAUGAUUAUUAGGAGAAUACAGCCCGAUCGCUGGUGCCAUCAUCCGUCUAUUAGGAUUGGACGCUUUCGUUCUAAUCUUUACUACUAAAGAUGAAUUCAAGAACAAAAAAAAAAAAAAAAAAAAGAAGAACUCUUCGUUUAUACCCGAGUUAAAUUUGUCUUCGAUCUUAGUACAACGUGUUUCUCUUCAACUCUGUGAAAUCGAGAAUAUUUUGAUAAAUCAAAAGACCACAAACAAACGCACAUUUUAGAUUUGCGUAAUGAUAAUCACGAAAAAGUUGUCGACUCGGGGAUAAUAACUUUUUUGAAACUUGAGUAGUAAAGAGAAGAAGGCCAGAGAAUGCUUUAACGAAUGAAAUUAGAAGCGACCAAAAAAAAGAACGGUAUUUUGGAAAAAGGCGAUACUUGACUUCUGUGAGACGUCUGUCCAAAUCGUUGCAAUGUUUGAAGAGAUUUAUUUCCUCAUGAAAGUGAUCAAUGUGGAUAGAUUGAGUACGUUGAUGUUUUGAUCGACGAUCCGUCAGUCCUUUACUUCUGGUACUAAUUGCAGGAUCGUUUCUGCGAGUGUGAGAUAUUUGGGGGACUUUGAACUUUCUUCCCGCCCACUUGCCCUCUCAGAGACACGGUGUACAUUAAUUCUCGUUGUGUAAGCAUAUUAAAAAAAGAAGAAAAAAGUGAAAAAAAGCAAGAAAAAAAUUAUAAUGAUGAUUCUAUGUAUAUUUUGACAAUACUAUACUUGGUACCGCCGAUGGAAAGGUCGAUGAAAGAUGUGUGAUCGCGUCCGUUUGUACAUUUAUGUAUCGUACUGUUUUGAUGUGAUCGUAGGUAUACUAUAAUGACUUAAUAAAAUAAAAUUUAAAGGAGAAGAAAAAGAAGAAACUAUUUCGAGAAUGGUGGUUGUUCGUUCUCAGCGAACGAUGAUCUUAUGUGGAGAAGUGAUAAACUGCCUAUUCGCAAUAACUGGUCACGUUUAAGGCACACAAACAUAUUCUGAUUUAAUGAUAAUUCUAUGUUCCAAAAUAGAAGAAUUAUUCGUUGUUGAAGAAAAUCGUGAAGAUUUUUGGAAACUUUAAUACUUGGCGUAUUAUAGCAAAUUGUAUGUCGUGGAAACGAGAAUGCACUGCUGUGAAUAAAAUCGUGUUAUUCACAAGAUAGUCUUAAUGAUGAUAAUCGUUUGUUACAAGCAUAUCAGUUACGAUCAUCUCUGUUAAUCGUACGAUGUAGUAAUUACUUAUUACUUCUAUCAAUAGAUCUAAUUCAUUGAUUUUCAUUCAACUGUCUUUGAUAUGCCAGUUUUCUAGUAUUCUUUCAAUAUUGAUAUUCCUAUCGGUCUAAAAAUUUCAAUAAACAUAUCUCUUUUUAGAAAAUUCUUAUUACUUAAAUAAGAAACACGAUUAUGAAUAUUUAUUGAGAAAUAUAAUUGUCUAAUCGUCUUGAAAAAGAUAGACGAUGAACACUGUGAAACAUACAUCUGGCCCAACACGAGCAAUUUCAAUAUUACAAGGUCAUUCUCUGUGAAAUGUACUUUUAAAAAAGCCACGUAUCAACGACGAAACGUUCUAUAUUUUUUCAUACUACCUUAUCAGUGUCAUGUUACCCCUUGUAUAUUUUGUUUUCAUUUUUAUACUGCCGUUAAACUGUGUCGCGUGACGUUUAACGAAUCAUGUACAAAGUUUAUUGUUAAUAUAAUAAUAGUUAACGAUAACGACAUUAAUACUAAGCGAUUGAUCUGUUUUGUCAAAUCGUGCCAUUUUACCAGUGUUGUAUAUACAAUUGUAUUAUUGUACCAAUCGCAGCGUCGAAUCUCUAGAGUCAAUAUUAAUCAAUUUUGUUCGGUAUGGCGGUGGCAAAAAUUGUCCGAUUUCUGCCAGCUGACAAUAAUAUGUGACAAACCGAAAUCGGAAAAAAUCAUAGGGGAAUUCAUUAUACGAGUACGAAUAUUUAAAAGAUCCUUCGGUAAUUAGCACUACUUCAUCGUUGGUUUAGCAGUUUAGAUACAUUAAAGAUGUUUCUUUAAACGAGAUUACCGGAAAUGGAUAAGAUUAUAAUUUAUGAAGUUCCCUUAAUUUUUCCUACUAAACACUACUGUUAAAAUUAUAAUUGCUAGACAAUUAGUAUUCAGAUCGUUUAAUGAUUUAUAAUUAUCUCCAUAUUUAAUAUUGUGCGAGCCAGUCUAAUAUUUAACCAGCGAUAAAAUAUUGCUAAUAUUAAAUUACGCGCGCAUUUGAAUUGCAAAUUAUACCAAUCAACGCGCGAAGGGUAACGUUUUGUAGAUGUUCUAACAGACUGCUGUGCAAAAAAAAAAGAGAGAAAAGCUGUCAUUGUACGAAUAAAGAAAGACGCGUGUAGAAUAUGUGUACUACUUUAAUAGAACCUUUGAUUAUUUAACUUAAAAUUAUUCUAUUGUAAAAUACUGUAAUAACUGUACGAAUAGUCCGUAAGUUCUAAUAAAACAAAAGUUAAAAAUC